AGUUGGGCCCGGCUCCCCGCACCCCCUCCCCGGCCCGGCCUGGCCCGGCCGGCCGCCCCCUCCCUCCUUCCCUCCCUCCCCGCGGCUCUUAUCAAAGCCCCCCUUGUCUUGUUGUGACAGCUCUGAUAUUGUUUAUUGAGGCUGGAUGUCAGGUAUAAUUAGCAAUCGAUAUGGAAAACGCUUGCUCCCCACACGGGCACGUCUCUGACGUCAGGGCCGAUUAACGUUUCUUAUUGGUCCCAAAUUCCCCCAGCCCGAGCUAAUUAUUGGGAGCUUGAUGUUGAUAAAGUUAAAGCGCCCGGGCGCCCUCCAGCAUGAGCCCCUCGCCGCGCCGCCGCCUCCGCCGCCCGCCGCCGCAGCCGCGCUAGAGCCGCCCCCAUGAUGGACGGCCGCCUCCUGGAGCACCCCCAUGCCCAGUUCGGAGGCAUGGUGGGCUUCCCCUACCCGCUCGGCCCCCACCAUGUGUACGAGCUGGCCGGGCACCAGCUGCAGUCCGCGGCCGCCGCCGUGCCCUUCUCCAUAGACGGAUUACUGAGCGGGUCCUGCGCCGCCUCCGUGGUGACUCCCACCCCGCUCAUCGCCUCGGGCUGCGGCGUGAGCGGGGACAGCCAGGCCUUCAAGCUCUCAGACGCGGGGGACCCGGACAAGGAGAGCCCCGGCUGUAAAAGGAGACGGACCCGCACGAAUUUCACGGGCUGGCAGCUGGAGGAGCUGGAAAAGGCCUUUAACGAGAGUCACUACCCGGACGUGUUCAUGCGGGAGGCGCUGGCCCUGCGGCUGGACCUGGUGGAGUCCCGAGUGCAGGUCUGGUUCCAAAACCGCCGGGCCAAAUGGCGCAAGAAAGAGAACACGAAGAAGGGCCCGGGCCGGCCGGCGCACAACUCGCACCCUACCACGUGCAGCGGGGAGCCCAUGGACCCCGAGGAGAUCGCGCGCAAGGAGCUGGAGAAGAUGGAGAAGAAGAAGCGCAAGCACGAGAAGAAGCUGCUCAAGAGCCAGUCUCGCGCGCUGCCCUCGCCCGGCGGCCUGUCCCUGCACAGCGGGCCCAGCUCCGACAGCGACAGCGGCGGCGGCGGCGGCCUCUCCCCCGACCCGCCCGACGCCCGGCCCCGCGGGCCGCCGCCCUCCGCCGCCCCCAGCGCCUCCGCGGGCCCCGACGGCUGCGGGCCCGGCCUGUGCGCGGCGCGGCUGCAGCCGCAGCGGCCGCCGGACAAGGACCCGGGCGCGGGGGCGGGCGGCGGCGGCUUCCACAAGCUGAGCCCGUUCAGCGUGGAGAGCCUGCUGUCCGCCUCGCCGCCGCGCCGCAAGGACGGGCCGGCCACGCCGCGGCCGCUCGUGGGCAAGGGCCACUUCUUGCUCUACCCCAUCACGCAGCCGCUCGGCUUCCUCGUGCCGCAGGCCGCGCUCAAGCCGGGCCCGGGCGCCGAGGCCGGGCAGCCGCCCACGGACUCCCCGCUGCCCGCCGCCAACCCGGCCGGGAGCCCCACGGACUCGGCCACGGGCAGCCCGGCCGACGGCGGCGCCGCGCCCAGCCCCUCGCAGCAGCCGCGCUCCCCCGGCCCGGCGCCCGACGCCAGCAAGCCCCGGGGCCGCUCGGACUGUGCGGCGCGGCCCGACGGCGCGGAUGUGGCCGUGGCCAUGGACAUGGACAUGGACUGAGCCGCGGGCUGGGGCCGCCGCCCUGCGCAGCCCCCGCGCCCCGCCGCGGAUAUUUAUAUCUGUACCACUUUUGAUAAAAAAAAGGAAAAAAAAAAUAAAGCUUGGAAAACCGCA